AUUUGAUUUUUUCAUUUGACUUUAUCUUUCUGCUAUAGAGAGGAAUGCAUAGUAGAAAUAAAAAGGCAAUGGAGUUUGUAGCCAAAGGGUGGAGUGCUUUGAAGGAAGUUGAUAGAGUCAUUGAUUACGCAGAACUUAAUGACAAACGUCUCAUCCCUCUCCUCAGGACAGCAAAGGAGAACUUUGAGUUGGCUCUGGAGGCUGACAACACAAAUACCAAUGCUAGACUUUAUUUGUCCAAAUUGCAUUUCAAAUACCAUGUCCCAGGGGCAUGUAAAGCUAUAGGAGCUGCUUUGUUAGUGGAAGCAGCGGAUAUGGGUAAUCCAGAUGCACAGUAUGAAUUGGGUUGCCGGCUGAGAGUUGAGAAUGAAUAUGUUCAAUCAGAUCAGCAAGCUUUUUAUUAUUUGGAGAGAGCUGUUGAUCAGUUGAAUCCAGGAGCUCUUUACCUUCUAGGUGCUGUAUAUUUGACUGGGGAUUGUUUGAAGAAAGAUAUUGCCUCAGCAAUUUGGUGUUUCCAUAGAGCAUCAGAGAAGGGGCAUGCUGGUGCCGCUAUAGCAUAUGGGUCCCUUCUACUAAGAGGUGUUGAAGUCCCAGAAUCUCUGACAAAAUUCAACUCAAAAAGAGCUUCCGGUACAAGAACAUUAAGGAAGAAUGAGGGAAGCCCCGUGCAAGAUGGAGUAGAGAAGGCAAGAGAACAGUUUGAAAUUGCUGCAAAAGCAGGAUGUGAUCUUGGAUUUAAAUGGUUGAAAAGACUUGAGGAGGAAGAGAAACGUCUCCAAGCUGCCGAUACUCCCCCAUCUGAAUUGGUAGCGUAGAAGGAUUUAAUAUUGGAGGAUGAUUAAGGAUUUGUUUGUGUUAGUAAGACCAUGAUUGGUGCCAAAAGAAUGAGAAUGAAAGUCGAGGUUUCUGAGUUGGAAGCAAGUGGGUGGUGUAAGUGUGACUACACAUAAAUUGGUGAGUCAGUUUUUGAAGUUUUGGUGAAGAUGGAAACUCAAAAGAAAUAGUAGCAAGUAGUUUGGUGGUGAAGGAUACAUCAUCAUCAUCAUCCCAUCCAUCGUUGGUAUUUGAGAUAGCAGUGAGUGAGUACCUACCUGCCAACAACAAAAGGCAUUUUGUAUGUAUGUGGUGCCUGCUAUUUCGUGUAGCUUUUUCUAAGCAAAUUAAGUGCAGAAUGUCAGACCCAAAUUAAGCUCACAUCGAGGCAGGUUGGUACACUUGUGUCCGUGAAAGUUAACACAUCAUUACCUCAACAAUUAUAUGGACAUGGACAUAGCUCCAUGUGAGCUGACCUUUCAUUGGAGUAUUUUAAAA